AUGGUUUGUACAUUCCCCUCCUCCUCAAGGUACAACUUCCUGUUCCUGUUCCUCUUCUUCUUCUUACUGUCGACCACUUCAAGAUCUGACGACGCCGGCGCCUUGCUCUCCCUGAAAUCUGCCGUCGACACCGUCGGCGUCCUCCGCUGGUCUCGCAGCGCCAAUGUGUGCCAGUGGGAAGGCGUCAGAGAAUGCCUCCAUGGCAGAGUCAGCAAGCUCGUCGUCGAGAGCUUCAACCUCACCGGCAAGCUCGACGGCACCAGUCUCAACCAAUUAGAUCAGAUUAGGGUUCUCAGCUUGAAGGACAACUCACUUUCCGGCGAGAUUCCGGAGCUCUCCGGCCUGAAAAAUCUCAAGUCUAUUUACCUAAACAAUAACAGAUUCUCCGGUCCCAUCCCCGUAAGCCUCUCCGCAAUGCACAGAUUGAAAAUUAUUGUCCUCUCCGGCAACGAUCUCUCCGGCCAGAUUCCGGCGUCCUUCGCCGCCCUGACCAGGCUGUACGUCCUCUUCCUGCAAGACAACCGGUUGUCCGGUCCGAUCCCGGCUUUUAAUCAGACCGGCCUCCGGUUCUUCAACGUGUCCAAUAAUGCCCUCUCCGGGCCAAUCCCGCAGACCGCCGCAUUGGCCAGGUUCAAUGCCACGUCAUUUUCCCGGAACCUGAACUUGUGCGGUGAAUUAGCCGGGCGGCGGUGCGGCGGCGGCAUUGCCCCGUCCGCCUCCCCAUCGUACCCAAUUAUGCCUAAAAACAGCAGCCGUCACCGCCGGCGAAUUAUAUUAAUAAGCGUUCUCUGCGCCGCCGGAUUGGUGGCGCUGUGUGUGCUGGUGAUCGUUUGGAUGGUUUGUAUGAGGAAGAAGAGCAAUGGUAAGGAGAACGGUAGCAAAGUGGUGGCGGGAGGGGCGGAGGACGGCGGCACACCUGGCGGCGGCAGCGGCGGUGGUGCUGCUAGCGCCCGCCGGGGCGAUCACAGCGGCGACAAGCACGGCGGAUUUUCGUGGGAUCAAGGCGCUGAAGGGCUCGGGAGCUUGACGUUCCUCGGCCCCGGUGAUCAGCAGAUGAAUUAUAGCCUCGAGGAUCUUUUAAAAGCCUCCGCCGAGACGCUCGGCCGGGGGACUAUCGGCAGCACAUACAAGGCCGUGAUGGAGUCGGGAUACAUUGUCACAGUCAAGCGGCUUAAGGACGCCCGGUAUCCUUCGAUGGAGGAGUUUAGACGACACAUUGAGAUCCUCGGUCGAUUGCGCCACCCGAAUUUGGUGCCUCUCCGGGCGUAUUUUCAGGCCAAGGAGGAGCGUUUGCUCGUCUACGAUUAUUUCCCCAACGGCAGCCUCUUUUCGCUCAUACAUGGUUCCCGAGCAGCCGGCGGAUCAAAGCCGCUCCAUUGGACGUCGUGUCUCAAAAUAGCCGAGGAUGUCGCCACUGGUCUCCUCUACAUCCAUCAGAACCCGGGCUUGACGCACGGGAACUUAAAAUCGACCAACAUCCUAUUAGGAUCUGACUUCGAGUCGUGCCUGACCGACUACGGGCUGACUGCCUUCAGGAACCCCGAGUCGAAUGAGGAAUCGAGCGCGUCGUCCCUCUUCUACCGGGCGCCGGAGUGCCGUGACCCUCGGAGACCGUUGUCCCAACCGGCGGAUGUCUACAGCUACGGCGUGCUGCUCCUGGAGCUCCUGACGGGGAAGACGCCGUUCCAGGAUCUUGUUCAAGAGCACGGCGCCAACAUCCCGGCGUGGGUGCGAUCGGUGAGGGAGGAGGAAACGGAAUCUGGCGACGAGGUGUCUGCGUCGGAGGAGAAGCUGGCGGCGCUGCUGAACAUCGCCAUGGCAUGUGUGGCAGUGGGGGCGGAUAGCCGGCCGGCGAUGAAGGAGGUGGUGAGGAUGAUCCGGGAAGCUCGGGCGGAGGCGCAUUUGUCGUCGAACAGCAGCGAUCACUCGCCGGGGAGAUGGUCGGACACUGUCCAGAGCUUGCCCAGGGAAGAACAUCUCAGUAUAUAAAUCAAUGUAACAUUUUUAUUUUUUCCUAGUGAUUUUUACAAUUUUUAUGGGUGUUUCAUUACAUUUUGUUCUUAUUUUGAAUUGAAGAGUGAGUUCGAUUGAAUCAUGUUUCAGCCAUUGAUUUAAUUUGAGUGUUCUCAAGAUGUUCGAAUCAUUCUUGCAUACUAAAAAAUCCUAUCUUUUUCAGCUA